GAGAGAGUGUGUGUGUGUUUGUCUGGACUCAAUCUAUCAUUUGUACAAUUGGUUUAAUCUGAGGAAGAAGUAAAACAUGGCCUCAAAGAAAACCGAAUCGAAGAAAAACGAGAAAACGGAGAAGGCUUUAGCUGCGGAAAAGGAGCAAUUCGUCAAACUACAGCUUCAAAGCAUCUCCAAAUCCAUCACCAGCGCGGAGGCCCCUAUCAAAGAGAAAUAUGGACGCAAGAUUAUUUUAGGCACACAUAAGGAAGGCGGCGCCGUCACGUUCUGGUCUCAUGCCGUGAGUCUGCCGCUGUCCAGCAACGCCAUCCUCAGCUGGAAGUUCUGCCACAUGGUGCACAAACUCCUCCGAGACGGCCAUCCCAACACUUUACGGGACAGCAGAGGUCAUACUGCAGGCAUUGGACAGAUGGGAACAUUAUGGGGGAAUCUACAUGAUAGAUAUGGACAUAUUGUUGCGCUUUACGCCAAGCUGCUGUGUAUCAAAAUCGAUUUCCAUUUAAAGCAUCUGGAAAUCCCACCAAACCUUGAAACUCCUGAGGAAGUUCUUGAUAAAGCUAUCACUAUUGAUAUCAACAAAGUGUUUGACAUGACAGGAGAGGUUCUGGACUACAUGGAAGCAGCUCUAAAGCUGCAAGAAACAGUUUUCCGGCAGAUGGAGUCCAACUCCACCAGCUCUACCACUGCGGUGGGUCAGUGCCGUCUGGCGCCGCUGGUUCUGGUCAUUCAGGACUGCGGUCCACUCUACCAUUUCCUGGUCAAGCUCCUGUUCAAGCUACACAGCCGAAUACCGGCGGACGCUCUGUUAGGACACAGAGAACGAUUCCGCGAGCAGUUCAACAGUUUGACACAGUUUUUCGAGAGAGCGAGAGGGAUGGAGUUUUUCAAAACUAUCAUUCAGAUCCCUGAUCUUCCUAAUGAGCCUCCGAAUUUCCUGCGUGCGGCUUCACUCGCUGAUCACGUGAAGCCCGUGGUCGUUCAGAACGAGAGAACACCGUACGAUGACGAUACGGAGACUCAGCUGGAUUUUGGUGAAGGACAGUACCAGAUGUAUUACGGUUACAACCAGUUCGACCCUCCAAGUGACAUACCAGAGCAAAGAGAGACUGAGGCUGAUACUCUGAGGAAGGAACUUGAGGUGGUGAAACCAGAGCUGGAGCUCAUAAAAGUGGAGGCCCAGCGUGUCGUGGUCCAGCUCAAAACUCAAGUGAAUAUGCUGGAAUCUGAGCUUGAGGACCAGCGGACGCACAAGCAGAUGGCGCUGGUGGAGAACGAACGUCUGCGCAUGGAGGUGGAGAACCUGAGAGCACAGACCGCAGUCGCCGCCAGCAUUCAGGCCACGGCCGAUGACGCGGGCAGCAGAGCUCAGACUGCUCAGAUACACUUCUCUCGACUCAAAGAGAAACACGCCGAGCUGGUCAGCAGGCAUGCUGAUCUCAUGAGGAAGGUAAAGAAUGCAGAGAUGGUGAAGCAGGUCAACAGCUCUCAGCAAGCGCAGGACGAUCUGCUCACAGCCAAACAACAGAUAGUGGUGGAGAGACAACAACUGAGACAGGACAACAGCGCCCAGCUGGAGGCACAGAGAGCAGAAAUUGAACGUUUGAAACAUGAGCUAGCAACCGAAAGGGCUGAAAUGUCCCACGUCCAUAAUGCUCUGCAGAGCAAAGAGAAGGCUGGUGACCAGCUGGGAAGUGUGUUGGUGGGUCUGCAGGCGGAGAAAGAGAGGCUCCUUCGUACAGUGAAAGAUCAGGAAGCUGAGAUGGCUAGUCUGCGUCAGGCCGCCCAACUCCACCAGUCAAUCCUACAGCAGGAGAGAGACCGACAUCAGAGAGAGAUGACAGCACUGCACAACCAACUUCAGGAACAAUUGUGUCGGGAACAGGAGCAGCAGCUGGAGAUGGAGAAACUGAGACGCGAGCUGGAGGAGAAGAGAGCAGAGGCGCUGCGUGCUCAGAGCGCUCUGAACACUAAAGAAACCACAGGAGACCAGCUGAGCAGUGUGUUAGUGGGUCUGCAGGCGGAGAAGGAGGUUCUUCUGCGUUCAGUGAGAGAACAGGAGGCUGAGAUCACUAACCUGCGCCAGGCCACCCAACUCCACCAGACCACACUUCUGCAGGAGAGAGACCGAUCUCAGAGAGAGAUGGCAACGCUGCACAACCAAAUGCAGGCUAAGUCGAGUCAGGACUCAGGAGUGUUUCAGCAGAAGCUGCAGGACGAGCAGUUCAGUUUGUUGCAGUGUGCCGUGGUGGAGGCCGAAGGCAUCGUGCUGGACGCCGUGGCCAAAGUGGACGAUCCGCUACAUGUGCGCUGCACCAGCACCCCAGAUUAUUUGAUCAAUCGGGCUGAGUUGACGUUGGCAUCCAUUGAUAAGAUGAAGCAGAGUCAUGCAGCCUAUUUGAGGAAUAAUAAUGAUGCGAGUGGUUUGUUGAGGUCGGUGACCCAGUUCUCCCAUCUCAUCGCUGACACUAUUGUUAACGGAGCUGGCACUGCCCACUCAGCACCUACGGACCAAGCAGACCGUUUGACGGAUAACUGCCGGGAUUGUGCCACUCAGUGUCUCCAGUACCUGAAAGAGCUGAAGAUGAAGGCCACGCUCCCGAGAGCAGACCCCACUGCCGUCCGCUACGUGGUCCAGCGUAUCCUCAACCAAGGACAGGACCUGCGGCCCAAGGGAGCAGACGUGCGGAAGGAAGAGUUGGCAGAUAUGGUGGAUAAGGAAAUGGCUGCGACUUCCUCUGCCAUUGAAGAUGCUGUGCUGAGAAUGGAUGAAAUAUUGAGCCAGGCAAGACGAGAUACUUCUGGAGUGAAACUGGAAGUUAACCAAAGCAUCAUUGGCUCCUGUUCGGAUCUAAUGAAGGCUAUACACAUGUUGGUGACGGCCUCUACUGACCUGCAGAGAGACAUUGUGAAAAGUGGCCGGGGCGCCGGUUCUGAUAAAGACUUUUAUGCUAAAAAUUCCCGUUGGACGGAGGGUCUCAUCUCUGCGUCAAAGGCUGUAGGAUGGGGUGCAACGCAGAUGCUUGAAUCGGCUGAUAAAGUCGUGACUGGUGGAGGAAAAUAUGAAGAGCUGAUCGUCUGCUCUCAUGAGAUCGCGGCCAGUACGGCACAGCUUGUCGCUGCUUCAAAGGUAAAGGCGGAUCGAGGCAACAAGAAGCUCCAUACUUUACAGCAGGCGUCCCGCCACGUGAACGACAUGGCCGCUGUUGUGGUGACCUCUACCAAGUCAGGACAAAUGCAGAUUGAGGACAAAGACUCCAUGGACUUUUCUGGCAUGUCUCUUAUAAAGCUCAAAACAGAAGAAAUGGAUUCCCAGGUGAAAGUGUUAGAGUUGGAGAAGCAGCUGGCGAACGAGCGCGUACGGUUGGGAGGGCUCAGGAAAAAGCACUACGAGAUUGGAGGGAUCCCAAUGGACUCGCCUCCGGAGAACGCAGUCAAUAGUUUUGACAGUUCACUGCCUACUGUUUUUCCUGACCCGCCCACAAUGGAACUGCCCAGUCUGGAUGUGUUCACACUGGAUCCAGCCAGAUUCGAACCACUGAGACUGGAGGACCCACCCAGACCGGAUCUCCCCACACCCGAACCAGCCAAAACCAGCUCUAAACGAACCUCAAUCUUUCAUAAAUCAGGUAGCAUCCUCAAGAAUCCAUUUAGGUGAAAGGUGACCUGGAUGUAUAAAGAAGAAACCAUCUUAUAAUAAUGUACAUUAUUCUGAAGCGCAUCAUUAGAGUCUCUGUAUC